AUGUUAUUACCAAUUGGAUUCUCUAUAGAACGAUUUGUUGCUUUAUUGAUGGCAGAAAAGUAUGAAAAUGUUCGAACAUUAUUAGGUCCGAUUAUUGUUGUUCUGUUGAUUGGAUUGGAUCUGGCGAUGGUUCGAACGGUAUAUGCAAAGGAUAUGUUCUCAGAUGUGUAUUUAUCGUUUGUUCUCACUCCUACUACUUCUACGUCACAAGUUAAUAUCUAUUUCUUCUCACUUCUAGCCGUGAAGAUAUUCAAUUUAAUAAGCAAUUGUAUUCUCAUAAAGAUACACAAUCGAGUAAAGACUAGAUAUUACCGUCGAAACAACACACUGUCUCUUCGAUACGAAAUGGAAGAGAUUAUUCAAUCUUCCAAAUUCACACUUAUCAUCAGUUUCUCUCAUUUGUUAUUUUUCGGGUGGUACAUUGUGAACACUAUUUUCGUGAGAACUUUCGGAGAGUCUAUUCUCGGAGGAUUUCUAAAUUAUACUGUAGCGAGAGGAAUGUAUUGUACCGUACCGACAUACAGUUUGGUCAUACCUUUCAUUGGAUUUAAAUCAUUACGGUGUUUGAAUAUUCAAAGACAUAAUAGAGUUCAGUCGACAGUUCAAAUUAAAUCGACUGGAAGAGAAGGAGCUAGAAAUUAUGAAAAUGCAAUAUCGAGUUAUUGGGAUUCUAUAUCUCAGGGAGUCGAUCGAGUCAAUAGAAUCGAUAAUUGA